UCGGUUGAAUAUUUAGGUCAAUGCGAAAUCAAAUCAAGAAGAAAUUGAUUUCAGUAUUUAUGGCCAGUUGAUUCUUUUUCCUCCUCUGUAAAUCGUUGCUUCUUACAGAUUACCUAUUCUCUUCUUCCCUGAGAGUAUCCGGCUAGGGCUUCGUUUCAGGGACAAGCUUCCGUCAUGGGAUGCUCCACGUCGAAACUCGACAGCUUACCGGCCGUUUCACUGUGCCGACUCCGCUGCAAAUUCCUUGAGGAAGCGCUCCACCAAAGCUACGUUCUCGCAGAUGCGCACGUUGCUUACAUGCAGUUCCUCAAAACUAUUGGCCCAACUCUCCACCGCUUCUUUGAGAAAAAUGUUGACUCUUCGUCUGGGGGUGAUCCGGCCGUCUCCGUCGCCAUACCUUCCAAGUCUUCUCCUCCUGCGUUGUUGCCGGAUCAUUCCAUGUCCGGUUUAAGCUCCGAUUCGCAUCUUCAAGUCGAUUCAGAUUCCGAUGGCGAAGGAGAAGAUAGGGAUAUAUUUUACUCAGAAUAUCCUAAUCGCGAAACUAUAACUUCAAUUCCUGAUGAUAUGUUUCUUUCAAUGGAUUACGCGAAGAAUCAACCUACUCAAUCUGUUUCGUAUGCUUACUCUAAUCGUAGUGAUUAUUACACUAACUCGUUUCGUAAUUACGAAUUAGGAUCCACAACACCGCCGCCUCCAGCUCCAAGAAGCUCUGUUUGGGAUUUCUUAAACUUCUUUGAAGCCUGUGAGUUGCCUUACGGUCUUAUUUUUAAAGAACCGAACGAAAAAGGAGGGACUCAUGAUCUUGAAGAUGUUUCAGUCAAUCAAACUCGCGGAGAAAAGAAAUCUCAUGCAAAUCAUUCGAGAGCCGACGUACAAAAGGACGUUAGUAAACAGAAUGGGUCGGAAAAGAAUGGCUAUGGGGCGGAGAAGAAAGUAAUUUCAGAGAAAGAGAAGAGUGGUUCAAGUGAAACACGGAGUGGAAGUCUUCAGAAAAGCGUCUCCGAGAUUAUGAGAGACCUGCAGAGUUUAUUUGAGAAAGCUUCAGAGUCAGGAAAUGAGGUUUUGAAGAUGCUUGACACUGCAAAGUUCCGUUAUUACCAAAAAAAUUCUGUUUAUCAAGUUUCCUCCAAAAUGAAGAUCUUGCACGUUGUCACGCCAUCUUUGUCUGUCAUGUCGUCUCAAUCUUCCACAGAGAAGGUUGGUUCUGUAAAUCCUGGCUUUGAUGACGAUUUCAAUGUGAGUUUUAGGAAUCUAUCUUCUACUAUGAAGAAGCUCUAUAUGUGGGAGAAAAAACUCUAUCACGAGGUCAAGGCUGAGGAAAAAUUGAGAAAACUUCAUGCCAGGAAGUGUAGGCAGAUAAAAAGGUUGGAUAAAAAGGGUGCUGAUGCUCAUAAAAUUGAAUCUACCCAAAUUUUCAUCAGGACUUUAUCCACCAAGAUGAAAGUUGCAAUUCAUGUUAUUGAAACGAUAUCAGUUACUAUUAAUAAGUUGAGGGACGAAGAAUUGUGGCCACAAAUCAGUGAUCUGAUUCAAAGGUUACUUGAAAUGUGGAAAGCUAUGCUAGAAUGUCACAGGAACCAAUCUCAGACAAUUGCAGAAGUCAGAAUUCUGGACACAACUGCAUCAAAUGAAAAACUUAGCACUUCUCAUCUUGAAGUGGCCAUGCAACUAAAACUUAAGCUACAAAGCUUUUACUUAAGCUUCUUUUAUUGGAUUGAAGCACAAAGGGGUUAUGUCAAGGCUUUAAAUGGUUGGCUACUAAGAUGUAUUCUACGUGGUUCUGAAGAUUCACAUGAUGGUCUUGUGUCCUUCUCACCCCAGAGGAUUGGACCCUCCCCUCUGUUUGGAGUUGUUAGCCAGUGGUCUGAAGUCCUUGAUAAACUCCCAGAUAAGGUGGUGAUUGAGGCAAUUGACAGAUUUUUAAUGAGCUUAAGUCAACUUUUGGGACUGCACAAUCUAGAUGCACAGCAGAGGAUCAUUGCUGACAAGGAAAUGGAAAGAAAAAUGUUGAUAUUGGAGAAAGAGAGGCAAAACCUGCAAAGGGUUAUACAUACUCAAGAAGAAAUGACUCUGUUUUACAGGGAAAAGAGUGGUGUAGUUUUAGCUAAAGAGGGAGUCAACUUGACUGAAAUCACUAAAAAUUCUUGUCUGCAAUUGAGUCUAGAACAGAUUCUCAUGGCCCUGGAGAUGUUUGCUACCAGCUCAAAGCAAGCUUAUGAGGAACUUCAAGCAAGUAUUGAAGAAGGCUGGUCUCGUCUAGAGUCUUGAUUUGGAGUUUCUGCAGAGAUUCUUAUUGGACAUGUCUGUCAAUCAUGAAAUAUGUCACAUGUAUUUUUUGCUACAUUUAUUAUCUCUGAUCCAGCACUCGGUGAUUGGUUGAUUCUGAUAGAGUAUCAGAUAAUACCCAGAUUAUGGCUAAUCGCUGGUAGUUAUUCCCUCGUUUUGUCAAUGAGGUCUGACUUCAUUGUUUGGUAGGCACCUUGGCUUCUGCUUCUUCUCAUGAACUUGAGUACUUGACAGAUUUUGCAUUGUCGGUCAACUAAGUUGCAGGUAAAAUGUCCUGUUUAUGAUCAGCCGCAGGUUAUGCGGCCAGGUUGCUGUGAGAGAAUAAACCAAGCAAUUGAAUAAGACUUGUCUGCGCAUUAGCCAUUUUACAUUGGAAACGAAGAGAGGUGGAGUCUGUCAGGUAUGCUUGAUCGGAAUCUCUUUUAACAUUUAACCAACUGCUUCAAGAGGUUGUUUAUAUAUAUAUAUAUAUGUAUAGAAACUGCUUCAAGAGGUAGCUUAUCAUACAUUAGCACCCCAUGUACUGCUUUAGCCCCAAAAUAAUUCUCUAAUGGAUUUUGAUCCUGUCUGCUGAGGUACAUGUAAUGGACUACAACAGUUCAAAACUCCAAGGUACUAUCUUUUAAGAUGAAUAGUGUUGAAGAAUCUUUCAGAGACAUGAAUGUGUUUGGAGUCCAAAGAGCAUUCAAGGAAGUUCCUCCCUAAAAUAGACACCGAGUUCUUUGCAGUCUUUUGUAUUAUAAGUUAUUAAUUGAAAGAAGAAUAAUUUUUAUAGCCGUAUGAAAAGCAGCAUUUGCA